AUGCUCCUUUUUGGUUUAAAUUUGGAUCGACCAUUGGAAUGCUUUAUUGAAUCAGUGGCUAAUAAGUUGGGUGCUGCAAUCGAUCAAGUUAUAAAGGUGGAUUUACCGAAUUUGGAGAUGGAUCAAUGGAAGUUUGUUCGAUUUCAGGUAUCCUUGCCAAUGGAGAAGCUAUUGAGGAGGGGAGUUAAAAUGGUUCUUAAUCCUAGCACUCAGUUAUGGGUUACUUUCAAGAGUUGCAUGAAGAGAAUGGAGGAUGAGACGUUGGGCAAAAGGUUUAGGAGUCAAUUUGUAUUAUGGUUGAAAGCUGGCUCAUCCAGACACUUCCUAAAGCAUCAUCAAAGGAAUGGUUACCUAAAAGCUGAGAAGCACUUUGGACGUAUGUACAUCAAAUUCUUAUGGCAAAAUGCUUUUGACAUCUUCCCCCAUUAA